AUGGAGCUCGCGAAGUCUACCGUGGACACUGGGAUUGGAGAGAGGAGCGUGAAGGUGGAUAACGCGCGCGCGGUGUCGCUGGAGACGCACACGCAGACGGUGGGGGUGAUUAUACCGCCGCCGGACGUGCGAGUGAUCGUGGACAAGACGGCGCAAUUCGUGGGGAAGAAUGGACCGGAGUUUGAGCAGAGGAUCUUGGCGUCGGAGAAGAAUAACGUCAAGUUCAACUUCUUGACCGAGGGAGACCCCUAUCACGCGUACUACCGACAGCAAGUGGACGAGGCGAAGGCGCAGGCGAACGGAACGGCGAAGACGGAGACGGAGACGCGAGCCGCCGCGCCGGUGGCUGAGCAAGUCCUGGUGAAACCGAGCACGGGUACCGCCAAGCCCGUGGUUUUGGAACCACCUAAGAGCGAUGAAUUCACUAUCCCUAUUCCAGCGGGCAUCUCGUCGGUAGAUCUCGACGUGAUUAAGACUACCGCACAGUUUGCAGCGAGAAAUGGGAAGAAGUUCGUCACCGCGUUGGCUGGGAAGGAACACGCCAACCCGCAGUUCAACUUUCUCAAGCCUCAUCACUCCAUGUUUACGUUUUUCACCGCCCUUGCGGACGCAUACGAGAAAAUUUUAGCCCCAGACACGGCUCUGCUCGAAUCUCUGGAGAAAGGUAGCGACAAGAGUGUGGUGUUGGAGCGCGUGUUGAAGCGCGUAGAGUGGGAGUCCGCGCAAAACAAGGCGAAGAAGGAUAAGGAAGACGCGGAAGAAGAAGAGCGCAUUCAGAUGGCGCUCAUCGACUGGCAUAGUUUUGUCGUCGUCGAAACCUUAGAUUUCGAAGAUGCCGAAGAUCGCGACUUACCACCACCGAUGCAGCUGAAUGAAGUCGUCGAAGCGAUGCGCAAGCAAGAACUCGAAGCGCCCUCAGUACCUGAGGACGUCGAAGGUCAAGCGGCCCCUGUUAUCACGGCCACCAUGGAUGAAGAGGAACGUGAACUUGUGCGUCAAGCGACAGAGCCGCGCUCGAAUCCUGAACCCCCUGUGGUGGAAAAUGUCGGCGCAAUGAAGGUUGUGCGAAACUACAAGAAGCCCGAGGAGCGCAAGACGGCUGUAGUUGACUCGACCAAGUUUGUAGUAUCCCCGAUCACUGGAGAGAUGAUUCCACUCGACCAAAUGGCGGAGCAUAUGCGUAUCUCCCUCAUCGAUCCUAAGUGGAAAAUCCAGAGAGAAGCCAUGAUGGCAAAACUUCAAGGGAGUACGCAGGCCUCUCACGAAGACGUCGCGGCGAACGUUUUGAAUUUGGCGAGAAAUCGCCCCGAUAUUUUCGGUUCCACGGAUGACGAGGUAUCGAAAGCGAUAAAUGCGGAAAUGCUGAAGAAGAGAUCGAUCGCUAAGGCGACCGCGCCGUCUCCCUCUAUUGCCCCGCCUUCCACCGCCGUAGCUCCACCGCCGCCCACUCGUGUUGCACCGCCUCCUCCGCCUCCGCCUCCAAAGGUUUUGACUCCUCCUCCGCCUCCAGCACCACAAGAGGAAAAGAAACGCGCAGCACCGGAGCCAGAAGAGGAGGUCGAACCUGAACCUAAGAAGUUGAAGGUGGGUGACGUUGAAUUAGACGAUGAAUCAGAGUUCUUGGAAGCAAAUCCCGGAGAGGCCACCAUCAACGUCGUGUGCCCAACUGUGGAGGGCGACAGUAGCUUGACGGGGCAGACGCUCGAAAUCAAAGUCAGUUCGCUCGCGGAUAAAAUUGUGGAUUUGAAGAGAUCGAUCAAGCCACUUGCUGGAGACCUCGCUCAAAAUAAACAAAAGCUCAGCACUCUUGGCUUGGGAUUCCUCAAAGACACAGCGAGUUUGGCGUAUUACAAUUUGAAAGACGGAUCGACGCUCAACUUGUCGAUCAAGGCACGGGGGAAAAGAUAG